AUGUGCAAGGUUUCCGAAGAGAAAGGGGCGCGAUGCAGCCUUGUUCUGCUCUUUUGCACGUACGUCAACGUCUUCGCGCUUACGCGAUUUCUCGCCGCUGCUCCGGAAGAUCUGUUUUCUCUCUCGACGAACUGGCUUCCGUCCCUGAACAAGCAAGGGAUCUUCAGCAACCUGCUGGCUUCUCGAGAUGAAGAAGCUGCUUCCUCUGCGGUGGACCUGUCGAAGAAAACUGGAGUCCUUUUCGUCCUCGACGACCGACUCCUCGCCUGUCCCUGGCAAGUGCGGCCCGGCCGCGAGAGGAGAAACCGGAGGUCUGUUGGAACAGGGUCGGCGACGGAGGAAACGAACAGGGAAGGAGAAAAAAGGAGCUCCGCGCCAGAGAGCGCAACCAAGCGCGCGUCGACCGGACUCAACAGAUGCUGUACACUGUCGCCUGCGGUCUUUUUCCAUCUCGGACCUGGAAAGAACGAACCGCCUUCUCUCGACUUCUCCACGGACCUCGACGCCGUCUGCAACCUCGUUCGCGAGGAGGAACACGAACGCGACCACACGGCACAUCUCCUGUCGCCUGGUUCUCCGUUCUCUUCUUUUCCGUUUCCCAACGAGAAAAACAGAGAGAACGUCUCUGUGUCUGUGCCGACUCCGGCGGUUUCCCAGUUUGCAAGUCCAAAACACUCCCUCAUUUCUUCUGCGUUGUCUCUCUGGCCUCCCCCCGUGUCAGUCGCGUACACCGCCGCCGUUCUCGCACGUUUGCGCGCGAGUUUGCCUUCCCAGAAAGGCAGCUCCAGCGUCCUUUUGCCAGGUGUCGACUACCCUGCAGCCCGCGCGUUUAUGCUCUACGUACCUCGCCCCGCAGAACCAACUGAGCAGUCCAUGACGCAGAUCGACCAGGCGUUUGGGUUCAUCGAGUCAUGGAGGUACACUUUCUCUAUCUCCCAAAACGAAAGGAAGGAGAGCGUUGUUCUUCCCGACAGUCGCCUGCCUCCAGGAUUCAGUACCGAUCCGCUGACGGGCGAAAACCUCUUCUUCUCGCCGACAGACCCCAAGAAAAAACGAUACGGCAAGAAGGACAGGACCACCCGCGAUCGCUGGCGCCCGCUGCUGGUCCGAACGAACGACAGCGGCGACGCACACAGCACUGAAGCCAGCGAAAAGAGAGAGUUGAACACCCCCUCGAAACCCUCCCUGCAUGGCGUCAGUCCACGAAAAGCUGCAGCUCCUCCUGCUUCCUUUCGCGCUCCUUCCUCUCCGGUUUCUGUCUCCUCUGCGACUGUCUCGGCAGUCGCCGCCCCACGGCAACCUGCGGCGAGAGGAGCGUUCGACGAAAGAACAGCUGAGGAAGGAAGCGGAUUGCAUGCAGACUCGGAUUUAUCUGCUCUCUUCGAAGAACAGCCGGACUCCAAGGGAGCAGUCGGCAGCCUCACCGCUCUUAAGACGCCAGUUGUCAACGACGUCCUCCUGGUGGUUGAUCCUCGCGUGCCGCGACCGCUCCUCCCGUGGGUGUGCGACGAACUCGAGGACUUGGGUGGCCUCGCCGGCAUGCGCCUCGACCUUCAACGAAGACUCGAAAGAGGCCUUUCUCUGCGGCGAACACGAGCCCAGACACCGCGCGCUCCAAACGCUGUCAACGAUGCGGGAGUCCGAGAGGUGGAGAACGGCCGCGGAGGAGAGGAAGAACACAGAGGAGAGGAAGGCCGCAGAGAAGAUGUGGUGCACGAGGUCAAGGGGGAGAAGCAGGGCGAGAGAAGUUUCGCCGCUUCCCACGGAGUUUCUGGGAAUAGUGGUGACGUAGAGAGAGAAGACCAGCACCGAUGCAUCAUUGUGCGCGUGUUGCUGGAUGAAACUCAGGAGAAUCCGUCGUGGAAGCUGAAACAUCCUGCUAUGCACUCUGUGAGUGCGCUCACGCACCCCACUGUGGCCUGGCUCCUGGGGCAGUACGACCUCGGCAUGCGCAGCGACAACGACGCGUUUUUGUCGCCUGCACUGCUCCGCAAUGAAGACACGCCGUGGAUCCAGGGAGUGAAAGAGACAGGCGAAGUCGAGUUCGCCUUCAUCACCGGCUGGGGAGGGUACAACUCGGAAACAAAUCGAAAAGUCCUGCCCGAGUACUCGCGCGUCCUCAAAUUGCGGCACCAACGCGUACACAACAUUGGCAGCACGUGGUACGGCCGACCCAGCGACAUCGUCAGGGCUGCGAGGCUCACAGUCAAAGUGGGGACCUUCCUAAUGAACUCGGACCCCGUUUUCGUGCGAAUGGACGGCGAAUGGCCUGUUUGGUAUCGAGGCGUCCUGCUCUUGUACGCCGCAGAAAUUGCAGUUAACCACCUUAUCGACAAGCAUCGACUGUUUGUCAGAAAGGACCUUCUUGACACAUCUGCGUCGGAAGCGAUUCUGUGGACCUCUUCCCCAGGACUGCACAUCCAUUGCUGGCACACCCCGGACUUUUUCAGCAAACACAAAUUCGGAGACGGCGCCUACAACGAAUCCCUGCUGUUUCACUCUCCGCAGUUCGACUUCGAAGACGUGCGUUGGUACUCCUUCGUGAACGCGAGCAACGGGAAACACAGGCGCCAGCUGCAGCUCCAGGAGGAAGUCAAGAUUGGUCUUCUCGAGAAGCCGGUCUCGCAGAUUUAG